AUGGCGAGGCGUGGUAACCGUUCGCGAUUACUCGCCCUCCCGGACGAGCUUCUUGAGGACAUCCUCACGCGCGUCGACCAUCCGUCCGAUCGCUCCGCCGUUGCGCUCGCCUGCUCUCGCCUCCACGCCGUGCAGCGACGCGCGCCGCACGCGCUCCGCCUCGACGCACUGGCCUCGUUGGAGCUGGAAUCCACCUUAUCGCGCAGCGAGCGCCUCUGCCUCCUCCUCCCCCUCCCCCUCCCCCCCCUGCACGCACUCCCCGCCCUGCGCGCCCUUACGCUGCGCCUCCUCCCCAAGGAUGCCUUCCCCCUCGCGCGCUGCUCCGCCCUCGCCUCCCUCACCCUCUGGAUCCCCUCGCGCUCCAUCCUCUCUACCCUCACCUCCCCCUCCUCCGCCCUCCCCCCCUCCCUCACCGCCCUCACCAUCCACGGAGCAGACCUCGACGCCUCGCUGCCUCUCCUCUCCUCCUUCUCCGCGCUCGCCUCGCUCUCUCUCAUCGCCUGCACCUUCAACCCGUACGAGCUGCACUCACUCGCCCGCGCACUGCACACGCUCACGCACCUAACCAUCGACAACUGCCCCCUGGUUUGCGCCCACUCGCUCUCCGCCCUUGUGCGGGCCAACCCCUUGCUCUGUUCCCUCGCCCUCAGCAGCAAGAGCUACCGCAUGUUCAGCGCUGCAGGCCUGCCCACCGUGCUGCGCGUGACAGCAGGCAAGCUGCACGCGCUCUCGCUCUCCGGCCUGCCGUCCUUCCGCCCUGGCUUGCUGGCGCGCUGCAGCCGUCUGCAGUCGCUCACUGUGAGGCGCGCCCAGGGGCCGCUGGAGGGGCUCCUUGCCAUGCUCGUGCGCGUGCAUGCUGGGGGGGGGGAGGGGGAGGCGGCAGGGGCGGGUGGGGGGGAGGGAGGAAGGGGGGCAAGGGGAGGAGGACGGGAGGGCGGGGGGAGAAGAGGAGGAGAGGGAAGGGGGCGAGGAGCACGGUUGAGAGGGCAAGGUGGAGAUGGAGGAGUUGAGGAAGGUAGAGAACAGGAGGCUCCAGAGGGGAAAGCUGUAGGCGCAGCAACAGCAGCGACGUCAUGCGAGGGUGCAGCAGCAGGGGUAAGCAGUGGUGGCGCGAGGAGGAGCAUCGAGUACAGUGACGUCCGUGCAGUGCUGGCAGCAGCGAGUGCGGACAGCAGCGCGGCCUUGAAGGACGUGUUUCAGCUGCUGAGAGCGUCCAAGCAGUACCUCAGCUCAGCCUACUCCCACCACCUCGCCCUCCACCACGCUCCCCACGCUCCCGGCGGUGAGGAGGAGUCGAUGCGGCGCAUCCAGUGGGCGGUUGCGGCAUCCGACGCGGUGGGUGCAGGCGUGCGCCACUACAGCGCUGCCAAGGCCGCGGAGUGCGCUGCCCUGCGCGCCUUCGCUGCUGCCGUGGCCUCUGGGGGCUUCACCGUCGCACGCAGGGCUGCACACGAGGCAGAGGACAGGGCUGGCGGGGGAGGGGGGGAUCCCGGGGAGGUGCUGUCGGUGGAGGGGCAGAUUCUCACUGGAGGAGGGGGAGGGGGAGGGGGAGGGGGAGGGGGAGGGGGAGGGGGAGGGGGAGGGGGAGGGGGAGGGGGAGGGGGAGGGGGAGGGGGAGGGGGAGGAGGGGAGGGGCAGGAGGAGGAGGAGUGGGCAAGGGUGGCAGGGCAGUCGCAGGCGGGGAUGCUGGAGGGAGAGCAGGAGGAGGAGGAGGUAGAGGAGGCCUGGCCGGCGAGCAUGGCACGGGUGGCAGCAACUUGCCCCUGUCUUGACUCUCUCGUGCUGGAAAGCCUUGACUUCACUGCUGCUCCCGGCUCACCCUUCCUGCCCAAUAGCCUCCCCUCCACACCUCCUCCCCCGUCCCUCGCUCCCAGUGCCAGAUCAGCUGCAUCACCCCUCUCCCUGUCCCUCUCCUCCUCCGCUUGGCUGUCACCCCGUGCCGGUCAGCAGCAGCAGUCGUUUGAGAGCAUUGCCUUGGCGGCUGUGUUUGGCGGGCUGAGGCGGUUGGCAGUGGUGCAGUGCGGUGGGGUGGGGGAGGAGCAGCUGAGGGCAGUGCUGCGUGCAUGCCGGGUGUUAGUGGAGCUGAGAGUAGAGCACUGUGAUGCCAUGUCCGAUGCCCUGCUGCUCUCAUGCCCAAUCGACACUCUCACUCACGCCACUCUAGUCGCAUGCAACCGCGUCUCUGCUGUUGGGGUUGGAGGGCUUCUGGGAAGCUUCCCUCGGCUGCGGCAGGUGAAGGUGGAAGCGGAGAAGGUGUCUGAGAGGGCAAGGAGGGAGCUGCGGCGUGCUGGUGUGGUGGUCAGGGGAGUGUGA